AGGAGGAGCGUCUGCAUGAUGAACCCAAGCACCCUAAGUGGGCCACCACUGGCAGCCCAUCUCCGCCGACGAGUUGGCUAAGGGAUCCAUCCUCUCUUACUUUUAGUGGGACUCCCACCCCCAGUCAACAGUUCUAUACUUCCUAUUGAUAUGAUUUUUUAUUUGGAAUGAUAAAAAAUAAAAAAAACAUCUUUAUCUUGUUUACCAUUUUACCCUCGUUCCCCUCUACAAGCUUCAAUCAACUUCCCCCAACUUAGCAUUCCCAAAAUAGUAGACACAAUGUGCAUAUGUUGUCUCUCUCAAACUAUAUGGUACUCACAACUCUGAAAGCUAAGCAUGCUAUCUCCAAUCAUCAUUCAACAACUACCGACUAUUAACUAUAUAUGCAUUAAUUGAAAUGUCCAUCCUGAAUCCACAUGACAGUGAUGCUUAUCCAGGUGACCAAGGGGUGUUUUUUGUCUUUCCAUAAAACACAAGGAGUUGGGAUAUCUCAAUCAAGUAUAGGGAUGCCUUCUUUCUUAACAUAAAAGAAACAACAUAGAGAGAGAGAUGGGGGUGGUAUUCCCCCAUGUCACAAAGCCAAUAAUACCAUUCAGAAAAUGCACAAAGAGAAGGGGUCCCAAUAGGAAAAGUCACCUGCUAGUGCUUGUCAGCAUCACAUUCCUCUCUCAGCCUUAUUCAAAUUUGAUCUGCCAAGUCAUCACUUGAAAAUCAAACCAAAAUAAAAAAUAAAAAAAACACCCACUGAAAACACCUAACCAGGAAGCAUCAUUCUCUGCCCUUUCUAGAAUUCAUUCCCCUUAAUCCUUCAUACCACAAGAAGACUACUUUUCUUUCACAACUUGAAAACCCAUUUUUCUAAGGGAACCAAAACCCCUUAACGUAUCCUCACCUGUCAUCCAAGGCAUUGGUUUUGGUUUUCCUUUGAAAAUGGUCCAAAGAAAGGUUCCUAACAAGCUUGGAAUCCAAGCUGCUGAUCAUGUUAAAUCUGAGAAGAAGUGGUUGGGAAACCUUAAACCAAAUUCUAAUCAGCACCAAGAUGGCAAAAGUAGAGGACCUGACAUGAAGAAGAAAAUGAAGAAAUCAAGAUCAAUCAAGCUUACAGAUGUUGAGAGUCUACAAUCAUCCCCUUUGAGGAAGACCAUAACUCAGCCUGGAAAGCCACCUCCGCUCAAUGCUCCCGCAACCCCACAGAAGCAGCAGUCUGUUAGCAAGACAACCGGUGGAUCACCAAAUUAUAUGAAGUCCACCAGCAGUUCAGAGGCAAGAAAGGAGCGUUCACAGGUGAGUCCCCAAACUUCUCAGGCUGGUUCACAUACUAAGAACAUGAGCAGAAGGAGCUCGAAUGGUUCCAGAGUCAGCUCUGCUUCUGGUGGUAAACCAGUAAGAACUUUCACAAGAACAUCUAGUUUGAAGCGGUUAACAAAGACUCCAAGUUUUAAGCCGGUGAGGGCGACGGUGAAAAAUCGUUCCAGAGUUGCUCUUUGUGCAGAUAUUGACGUACAAAGAGCUACCUGUUCUUCAACUCUGAAGUACUCAAAGUUCCCUGCUUAUCUGAUGCUAAAUCCUGGGGGAACUGAGGCCGAAGGAACUUCGGCCAUGAAGGUUUGCCCGUACACUUAUUGUUCUCUUAAUGGUCAUCACAAAUCUCCUUCGCCACCAUUGAAGUGCUUCUUGAAGGCACGGCGCCGUUCUUUGAAGAUUCAGAAAAACAUGAAUUUGGAGGUUCUGCCACCUCGCAGAGCUAAGCUGCAUGAUGAUGAAUAUGCGAUACUUGAUGUCAAGACGGAACAUGAUGAAGUGGAUUUCAGUAGUUCAGCAAUCUCUCCUCUGAUACAAGAAGUUGGAACAGACUUCUUUAUUGAAGUCUAUGUCAAAAAUAAGGAAGAUGAGAAAGAAUCGACUAACAUAUGCUCACCGGAGGAUCGAGAGGUAACAACAGACUUUGCUGGAGAACUCCAAGACCAAAUUGUUUCAUCAGUGGGAUGUGAUGAUAACAACGCAGUUGAAGAGGACUUCGACAAAGAAGCAGCAAAGAGCCUUUAUUUUGAGAUUGACUUUGACAUGAAUCCAGAAAAGUCUGGUGAUAUUGUAUCAAUAGAGAUGGAUAUUGCUAAUGAUUUUCCUGAAGAAUCAAAAGUGGAAGACGCAAGCAAUAAUUACUCAGAAGGAGCAAUAAUAGGAUUUCAGAUUGAGAAUGACUUCAAACAGGAAUGUGAUGCAGGCAAUGAAGAUGAUGAAUCCAAUUCAGAAAUUACUGAAAUGGAGUGGGAGGAGGGGCAAUAUUCUGUUUUAGAGCUUGUUACUGACGCUAAUAAUGUAGUCCAUAUAUAUGAUGAAACUGCUUCAAAUGUUCAGCCAGCAUCAGAAGUUAAGCACCCAUAUUUUCAUGAAGAUCCUGUCAUCAUAUCAGCUGACUGCGUCAGCAACUCCAGUGAGGACUUGCAGGCUGAAGAAAUACUUGAAGACCUCUUUGAAGAAGAAAGAGCAUCCUUCGACUUGCAAUCUAAUUACAGUGUCUCUGAGUCAGACGGAAUAUACCAAAAUUGGGAGAUUCUCGAAUUUGGCAGGGUGUGUGAUGGAAUGGUCCAAGAAGUUUCUCCCAUUGACGAAGCAAGCAAGGAAACAAUUACCAUGGAGGAGGAAGAAGUUGAAACAGAUCUGAUUGGCACUAUGGUCAACUCUCCACAAGAGCCAAUAAUGGAACCAACAAUUGACACUGCAGAGGUUCAGAAAAAUGGAGUUGUUGAAACAGAAGAUGAGGUCCUUGAUAGCAGCUGUGUUACUAAAGUGACAACUGAAGGUUCAUCCGAGCAUCAAGAAAGUGGAACCAAAUCACAAGAAGAAGUCCCGGGGAUAGAAGACAAGGAAAACACUGCUGGCGCCAAUUCAUUUGUUGAAACUGAAAAUUCCAAUACAUCUCACUGUUCACUUGAGGCUGACCAAGACAAGGUGGGAGAAGAGAAUAACCAAAACCAUGAGAUGGUUGAAUGUAGCCAGCUUGAUGACAUUGCUGAGGAGUGUAUCUUAAAUCAGGAUAGAGUUGGUGGAAGUCUUGAACCUAAGUCAGAUGUUCAGUGCAAGAUCUCCGGUCCUGACAUCACUGUCCCCUUGGAGGAAGAUCAAGGUGAAGCACAGACCAAAACCUCAAGUUCCAUGCAAUCUAAUGAACAGAGUGAAUCAGGAAUGAAAGCAUCUGUAGUUGAUAACAGCACGGGAGAAGUUGACAAACUGAUGGAAGAGAGUACAAAUUUAACCAUGGCAGAAAUAGAAAUCAUGGCCAAUACUGUAACUAGUGCAAAAUCAGGGAGCACAUUCAGGUACGCAAGAAGCAACCGCAGCCAGACCCAGCCCGAUACCUGCAGUAACAAGAAAUGGACCAUUAGAUGCAAGGGACAUAUUGAAGAGACAGAGGAAAAGAAGUUGUUCAAUCCCAGAGAACCAAAUUUCUUGCCUGAGGUUCCUGAGCCAGAAGGAGAGAAGGUUGAUCUUAGACAUCAAAUGAUGGAUGACAGGAGAAAUGCUGAAGAGUAUCUGCUUGAUUAUGCACUUCAACAAGCUGUCACCAAGCUUGCUCCAGCGAGGAAGAAGAAGGUGGCACUACUUGUUGAAGCAUUUGAAACUGUCGUACCAGUAGCCAAAUGGAAAACUCCAACAAGGCAUGCACCAGCAGGUUUUGCUCAUACAAGAAGCAUUCAAGCAUGUAGUUGAUGGAGUUUAUUGAGGUUAUCAUCAAGAGGCAGAAGUUCAGAUAUGUUGAAGUUAUAAUGAGAACCACUGUAUUACUGGUUAUCAUUGUCUCAAGGUUAGGGGAACCAACUACAGGAUUUACAGGCGAACUACCUUGUUCCCUGACAAAGCAACGUGUAAUAGGUCUAGUCUAUUUCAACUCAAGACCUCGAAUGUGUGAGCGAAGUGCCAGUUAAAAGACUCAGUUUUAGCAUUUGUAGCAAUGGUAUUGCAUGUGUCUUGUUCUUUACUAAUAUGAAAAUGUUCUAUCCUUUGUUGUUAAGGAGGCACCCUACCUCCAAAUGUUGGUGACAUAUUAAUGUCCUUCAUAUAUUAUGUUGUCAUAAUAAUUAUCUGACUGGUCACUAUUUUUUUUA